AUGUUGGCCAUAUCGUCCGCACCGCGCAUCGACGCAAAGAAACGAGCAGUCGCACCCAGGAAACAACAAUUCGGGAGUGCCAAAUACGUCGAACAGGACUAUCCCCAUCGUCUCAACUUCUAUGUCAUCCCACCAACCGGCGACGUGACCCUCGAGGAAUUCGAAGAAUGGGCAAUUGCACGCUUGAAGGUACUGGCUGAGUUGGAGGCAUGCCAGUUCCGCAACAAGACACCUGAGGAGACGGCAGAGUACAUGCGUCCCAUCCUCAACAAGCACCUCCCGCUAUCCACCAAUAGCUCGCGAAACAGUGAGAGUCCGUUGGAGCGAGAAAAAGACCAUUACAGCCAUUGGACACUGCGACUCGCGUUUGCAAGCACACUAGAUCUGCGACAGCGUUUUGCGAGGUUAGAGACGCAAUUGUUCAAACUUCGGAUGCAGCAGGAAGACCUACGAGAGCGACGAGAAUUCAUUGGAAGUCUUCCUAUGUCAUGGGAGACCGUAAGCGACGAUGAGAAGUCGAUCUGGUUGAACGACUUGAAGGCCGCGACAAAUGUCAAGAAAGAUGAGGAGCAGACAUGGUUUAAAUGCGAUUGGGAAGCAGUACCAGACCUGGUCGAAAGACGGCAGGUGCUGCUGAAAAAAGGCAAGGCCUAUGUUCACGUCCGAGAGCAGACAAACAUGGUUGUCAACGAGUUCUCGCGGCAGCUGGGAUCUGGCCUUGAACUCGCAGCACGCUUCCUACCCCGGAUGGACGAGGAUAAUCGCCUCGCUCCAAUACUGCAUCACCUCUCGCAGUCAUUUGUGGCCCCAGAUGCUGAAUACGCGGAAAGCUCGAGUCUCGGUGAUGGCGCAAACAUUACAGCAGCUUCUAUCGACGGACUGAGUAGUCAAUUCCCGCUCUGCAUGCAGAACCUACACCGCGAGCUGAAGAAGAAUAGCCAUCUGAAGCAUUUCGGUCGUCUGCAGUACACCCUGUUCCUGAAGGGCAUCGGAUUGAACCUACAAGAGUGUAUAACCUUUUGGAGGAGGAGCUUCAAGCUGAUCACCGAUGGUAAGAGCCGUGGGGAAUGGCGGUGUGCAAAUUGUUGCUGACUGAAAUUCAGACAAGUUCAAAUCCGAGUACCUGUACAACAUACGCCACGCGUACGGCGACGUAGGUGGUGAUGCCAACCGGAGGGGACGAGGGUACACUCCCUACAGCUGCCAAAAGUUGCUCACCGAGGCACUUCCGGCGGCUGGCCAGAACCACGGCUGUCCGUACCGAACCUAUAGCCAGGACAACUUGAUCGCACUGUUGCAGAAUGUGGGAGUUACAGACCGGGAUCUCUUGAAGACCAUUCGCGAGGACGUCGGCAAGCAGCGCUACCAUAUUGCCUGCAAUCGUGUGUUUGAAUCCACACACAAGAACGAGAUUAGAAAGGUGCGAAGUGCGGAGUGUCAUGCCUGACGGAGCAGAACUGACGAUGAAGUACAGGUGAAGGAUGAGUCGCUAUGGCCAGCGAGUGAACUGGACACCAUUCUACAUCCAAACACCUAUUUCAAGAGGAGUUUCUUGCUGAAGAACCUCGGCAAGGUGCAAAGCGGCGACAUUGGCGUUGAUGGACCGACUUCAUCCUCUAAUGUGUAG